CCCAAAAUGGACAUGGACGUAACCUCCGGAAACUCCGGCUCUCUCACAAAGAAGCGCACCCGCAUUCUCCUCUCAUGCGCGCCCUGUCGCAACUCGAAGCUCAAGUGUGACCGCGAACAGCCAUGCGGGCAGUGCGCAAAAAAGGGUCGCCUGGACCUGUGCGUCUAUGCGCCCAAGCCGGAGAAGAAGAGGCCGGCGGCCAAGGGCAUGGCGGCCCGGCUCAAGAGGCUCGAGGGCAUGGUGCGAGGCAUGAUGGACGAAGAGGGCAACUUCAAGCGGCAGCCCCAGGCGGCGGGCGAGAGCACGGCGCCGCAGUUGAAGGGGCAGGUUAUCCACGGAGAGAAUGCGACGACGUAUGUUGGGGCGACUCAUUGCUUGGCGAUGCUUGAGGAUAUCGAAGACAUCAAGGCCUACUUUGAUGACCCCGGAGACUCGGAUGACGACGCCCUGCCGGGGGAUGAGCUGGACGGGCCGGAAUUGCUUCUCUAUUCGAGAGGGGCUCCGAGUAAUCGAGAAGAGCUUCUUGCCCAGCUGCCCGAAAGGAAUGUUGCGGACCGGCUCGUCACGCGGUAUUUCUCAUCCAGGAGCCCAUCUCAACACAUCCUUCACCGUCCGACAUUCACAAAAGCAUAUGUGCAAUUCUGGCAAAACCCAAGUGCAGUUUCCCUCCACUGGAUAGCCGUCCUCUUCAUGGUCCUCUCCCUCGGAGUCUUCUUCAACAACUUCUCCGCCCCCGACGAGGUCGAAAGCGACUCCCCGAUAUCCGUCAAGGACAGAAUCAGACAAUACCGCUCAUGCGCCGGCUGGGCCUUGAUAUGGGGCAAGUACUCCCAGCCAACCGCCAUCACGAUCCCCGCCUUCAUCCUCUACGUCGAAGCCGACUUCAUCCUCAACCGCGCGGCCCAGAUGAACUGCUACAUCCUGUCGGGCGUCUGCCUGCGGCUGAUGCUCAAGAUGGGCUAUCACCGGGAUCCCUCCCAUCUGGCGAGCAUCUCGCCGUAUGAAGGGGAGAUGCGGCGCAGGCAGUGGAACAUGGCUGCCCAGAUCGACCUCCUCGUUUCCUUCCACAUGGGGCUCCCGAGCAUGGUGACCGGCAUCGAAUCGGACACGGAACUGCCCCGGAACCUGGAAGACGACGACUUUGACGAAAACUGCAAGGAGCUCCCGCCACCGCGGCCCGACACCGUCUACACGUUCAUGACCUACGCCAUCCACAAGUCCAGGCUCCUCCGCGUCUUCAGACAAAUCGCCCAGCAGGCGCACGCCCUGACACCACCAAGCUACAGCGACGUCCUCAACCUCGACAACCUCCUCACCGAAACCUGGAACAGCGUCCCCUCGUUCAUGCACGUGAAGCCACUCGAAGAGUGCGUCGGCGAGGAGCCCCAUCAGAUCAUCCAGCGAUACGGACUCGCGUCCCUCUACCACAAGAGCCGCUGCGUCCUCCACCGCCGCUAUCUGGCGGAAGCCGUACCGAAGCCCGAGCACGAUUACUCCCGGAACCAGUGUCUGGAUGCCGCUACGGCGCUGCUGGACUUUCAAUACGCUUCUUGGGUGGGAUGUCAGCCUGGCAAUGUCCUCGGCCGCUCGGGCUGGUUCAUGAGUUCCCUCGCCGUGCACGACUUCAUGCUGGCUGCCAUGAUCUUGUAUCUCAUCGUUCAGAACGACAACUAUCUGGAAGAUGGCACCGGUUUCGGCACGGCGGGCAGACAACGAGAAGCACCAACCAAGGAACAGCUGAUCGGCAUGAUCCAAAGGUCACACUACAUCAGCUGUCGAGUCUUCAACAGAUUGACAGACCUGAGGAAGACGGCAGAUACCUUGGCCGUCAUGCUGGCCAAACUCGGUAGACCCGUGGAACGGAACUCACCCGCCUCAUCAAGCACACCGUACCCACCAUCCGGAAGGGAGUCGACCAGCAGAUCAACGUCUAGUCAGGCAGUAUCCCAAGAGGCCGUUGGGUACGCGUCUGAUUAUCCCACAAGCAGACUCGAAGGUUUGUUUGCAUACUCCCAGUCCA